GAGGUGGAUUCUCCUGGACCUGGGUCUGCUCUUCCCUUCAUGUGUCUGUCUGUGUCUCUGUGAGGAACAUGGAGAAGGUCAGCGAACACCUGUUCAGGUACAAGGACUACACCUUUCCCGUAGCCUACAUCACCCCUGAAUAUGUCGACUCACUGCAGAGCUUCCACAUCCGAGACUCCGACGUCUUCCUGGUCACCUAUCCAAAGUCAGGUACGAUAUGGGCUCAGCAGAUCAUCGUCUCCAUCUGUGAACUGGCCGGCGGUUUGAACGAGUAUCCCAACAACUAUCGGCAGAUGGCGUGGCUGGAGUACCGGGAGGAUAAGGAAGACUACUCCCUCCGACCUUCGCCUCGACUCUUCACCUCCCACCUGACGCCGGCCCUCCUGCCCCUGGGCCUGAAGGACCAGAAAACCAAGAUCAUUUACGUGAUGCGAAACGUGAAGGACAACCUGGUGUCAUAUUUCCACUUCAGCCACGCCUUCUCUGGAUGGGACACACCCAAGAGCUUCGACGACUUCGUAGACCAGUAUUUGGCAGGAAACGUUGAAGGAUCGUCGUGGUUCGACCACAUCAGGGUGUGGCACCAGAGCCGAGACCAGUACAACAUCCUCUUCCUCCACUACGAGGACAUGAUUCUGGACCUGAAGGGGGCGGUCACUAAGAUCUGCAUGUUCUUGGGGAAGAACCUCAGCGACGAAGCAAUUGACCAAGUCGUAGAAAAAGCUACUUUCAAGAACAUGAAGAAAGACGCGAAGGCCAACUAUGAAUUUAUGCCAAAGGAAAUGAUCAGCGGUAACUUCAUGCGUAAAGGUCGGAUCGGCGACUGGAAGAACAUGUUCACUGUGGCUCAGAGUGAACGAGUCGAUCGGAUGCUUCAGGAGAAACUUGGAGACACUGGUCUGAAGUUCAUCUGGGAAUAA